AUGGAUUUUGAAGUUUUGCAGACACUUUCAUCAACUCAGUACAGACAAGUUUUCGAGGUUAGCAAUACUAUCAACAGCGAACGAUGUAUACUAAAAAUGUCAUCGAAGUUUCAUAUAUUGUCGAAAGGUUUAUCAUCUGUUAGACAAGCUAGAGAAGAAGCUGAAAUUCUGGUAAAUCGGAUAAGAUACGAUAACUUUUCAGAGGAUGGUUUCGUACAAGUUCAUCGUUAAAAUACUUGAUUCCUGGCAAGACGAAACACACCUGUACAUAACCACCGAAUUCAUACCUGGAGGAGAUCUGUUCAGUAUUUGGAAGUCU